GAGCACCUUUUCCAUUAUGCUUAUAGUGGGUGGAAAAAUUUGGGGAAGAUCUUUUAGAUGUUUUCCAAACCAAGCUUUAUAAGGGAAAAUGAAAAAGUCUUUUUCUGAUUUCUAAUUUGUAAAAAUAAUGCAUUUUUAUAUUUUUCUUGGAAAAAUAGAGACACCCUUAGGCUUUUCCUUGUGUUCUGCAUGAAAACUAAAAAUAAAACAACAACAAACUCUGAUAUAAUCUACAGUACUAAUUAUCCCUACUCCUUUUAUUUUUAUACAUUUUGAUUUUCAUUCUCUCUGGUGUGAGACAUAAUAACCUCAUCUUUAUAUUUUAAUUUUCCUACGCUUUCCUCACGAAGGGAAAAUUUUCCCAGAAAAAAAACGAAAAAAAAAUGAGAUGGGAAAGGGUGCUGCAGCAGCAGCAGCAGCAGCAAGGAGUUCAAAUAGAAGAGUUAAAUGGGCCAGGGAAGAGGUGGGGACACACUUGUAAUUCAAUUAAAGGAGGAAGAUUUCUAUAUGUUUUUGGUGGCUAUGGCAAGGAUAACUGCCAGACCAACCAAGUUCAUGUCUUUGAUACUGUUAACCAGACCUGGAGCCAGCCAGUGUUAAAUGGCACCCCACCAGUUCCGAGAGAUAGCCACACUUGUACAACUGUUGGUGACAAUCUGUAUGUGUUUGGAGGUACUGAUGGGAAGAACCCUCUCAAUGAUCUGCAUAUCUUAGAUACUUCAUCUCAUACUUGGAUAACUCCAAAUGUGAGAGGUGAUGGGCCAGAGGCACGGGAGGGUCAUGGUGCUGCCCUAGUUGGCAAACGACUUUUUAUAUAUGGUGGAUGUGGGAAAUCUUCAGAUAAUUAUCACGAAGUCUAUUAUGAGGAUCUUUACAUCUUGAAUACAGAGACUUUUGUAUGGAAACAAGCAAUAACAACAGGCACUCCACCUUCUGCCCGUGAUAGCCAUACUUGCUCAUCUUGGAGGGACAAAAUCAUUGUGAUUGGUGGUGAAGAUGGGCAUGAUUAUUAUUUGUCAGAUGUCCACAUCCUGGAUACAGAAACUCUUGUUUGGAAGGAGCUGAACACAUUGGGUCAGAAGUUGCCACCUCGAGCUGGUCAUUCCACUGUUGCUUUUGGCAAGAAUUUAUUUGUUUUUGGUGGAUUUACAGAUGCCCAAAAUCUAUAUGAUGAUUUUUAUAUGCUUGAUGUUGAAACUGGUGUUUGGACUAAGGUGAUGACAACUGGAGAUGGACCUUCUGCAAGAUUCUCUGUGGCUGGGGACUGCUUGGAUCCACUGAAGGGUGGUGUGCUUGUCUUCAUUGGUGGCUGCAAUAAGAGUCUUGAGGCGCUGGAAGACAUGUACUACUUACACACAGGACAUACAAGAGUGCAAGAUGAAUGGCGUCUAGAAAAGUUAUCUCUGAAGAAGCAAUUGAAACUAAAAUGCCAAGAACAAAAUCUUAAUUCUUCUGUGCGUGAUAAAGUUUUAGUCCAAAUUGACACAAAUGCUGACAUUCACCACACAUUGCCGAGUUAUGCCCAACCAGGCAGAGAAAAUUUCCCAUUGAAUCAAAGACAACUUCAUCAAGGGAAGAAGACAUUUCAAGCCAAAGUUACUGAAAGCCUUCCACAUGGAUAUACCAUCGAGACCACUGUAGAUGGAAAGCCUCUACGUGGAAUAUUAUUUUCCAACAAGCCAAGAUCUCCCCAGAUAGUUAACCACAAUAACAGCAGGAAAAGGUCAAGUGUAGAAAUUGGUGUGGUAUUGAAUGGUGACUACAACAGCAAACCAAAAACUUCUAAAACCCUCAAGCAGGAUGCAGUAGAAAACAUGCAGCCAGACAAUGCUCAUGAAAAGGAGUCCACAGCACAGGAACCCAAGACAGAAGCUGCUGCUGUCCCUGAUUUGAAGAAUCUGGCUUCUUCUAAUGUUCAUCAGUCCCAUGAGACUCCUCAAAAUGCAGAACCACCAGUGGCCCCUACCCUGAAUUUGAAUGAUGAUAUGAUCUCUGAUGCACCACACUCUGAUACAGAAUUUUCAAAAGAGAAGUCUACCCUGGCAGAGGACUCUACGACUUGGUUGCUAAACCAAGAUGGCCAGACAGACACCAAGUGCUGAAGUAUAAAUGAUCCAUGGAUGUCAAUUUGUUAACCCUUUGAUAUGACUUGAUACAGAUAACCUGCCUCUGUACAUUAUGACUUGAAGGUGGUCGUAGAUGUAUUGGACUGGUGAUAUACAGAAUCUGCUCUCCGACCGGUGUAAUCUACCACCUACCAGUACUUACCUUUUCCUUUAUUUAUCAAGUACUAUUUAUCCUGAUUCACUCUAGUUACAUGUGGUUUUUGUUUACCUACAGUAAUAUCUUGAUUAGCUACUACUUACAGUUC